UGAUUCUUCUCAACCUCAGGUAUGCACUGGCGCCAGGUCUCUCGACAACGGGUUGACAACUGACACCACCGCACUCGCGGAGGGUGUGACAUUUCAUUUGUCUCAUGAAGUCGCGUUGAUCCGCUGCCGGGCAUACCACACGGCGCUGUUUAACACUGUGAGGCAAGUUCUGGUGGCUCUUUCAAGCCGCCACUGUCUUCGUCAUGAAGUUCUUCAUAGAUGACCUUCCAGUUCUCUUUCCCUACCCUCGAAUAUAUCCCGAACAAUAUGCCUACAUGUGCGACAUCAAGCGAACGCUCGACGCGGGUGGUCAUUGUGUCCUCGAAAUGCCUUCGGGUACGGGUAAAACAGUAUCACUGUUAUCUCUCAUUGUGGCAUAUCAACAACACUACCCAGAGCAUCGAAAGCUAAUCUACUGCUCGCGUACCAUGUCGGAAAUCGAGAAGGCACUAGCGGAACUGAAAGCGUUAAUGAAAUACCGCUCCGAACAACUUGGCUAUGUCGAAGACUUCCGAGGCCUCGGCCUCACCAGUCGUAAGAAUUUGUGUCUACACCCCUCCGUCAAAAGAGAGAAGAGUGGUGCUGUGGUGGAUGCUCGAUGUCGCAAUCUCACUGCCGGCUUCGUGAAGGAGAAAAAAGAGAGAGGAGAAGACGUCGAACUCUGUAUAUACCACGAGAACCUCGAUCUUCUCGAGCCUCACAAUCUCCUACCCCCGGGCGUGUUCACACUGGACGAUCUCUUGAAAUACGGUGAGGACCACAAGCAGUGCCCAUAUUUCUCCGCCCGGAGAAUGAUGUCGUUCUGCAAUGUCAUAAUCUACUCCUACCACUACCUGCUAGAUCCUAAAAUCGCGGAACGUGUUUCCAAAGAGCUUUCAAAAGACUGCAUCGUCGUUUUCGACGAAGCUCACAAUAUUGACAAUGUCUGCAUUGAGUCGCUGUCUAUCGAUCUAACAGAAGAUUCUCUGAGAAAAGCCACACGAGGUGCCAAUAAUCUGGAAAGGAAGAUUGAGGAUAUGAAGGCCUCGGACGAAGAGAAACUCCAGAGCGAGUAUCAAAAACUUGUCGAAGGUCUGCGGGAGGCAGAUGAAGCUAGAGCUGAAGAUGCUUUUAUGGCCAACCCGACGUUACCAGAUGAUCUUUUAAAAGAAGCCGUACCUGGCAAUAUCCGCAGAGCAGAACACUUCGUCGCCUUCCUCAAGCGAUUCAUCGAGUAUUUAAAAACGAGAAUGAAAGUCCUCUAUGUCAUUCAGGAAACUCCACCCUCGUUCCUCUCCCAUCUCAAAGAGUUGACCUUCAUCGAACGCAAACCGUUGAGGUUUUGUGCUGAACGGUUGACCUCCCUUGUCCGUACUCUUGAAUUGACGAAUAUCGAAGACUAUCAGCCUCUGCAAGAAGUCGCAACGUUCGCCACUUUAGUCGCCACGUACGAAACCGGCUUCCUACUGAUCCUGGAACCAUUCGAGACAGAGCAAGCCACGGUGCCGAAUCCCGUCCUACAUUUCGCAUGUCUGGACGCCUCCAUCGCCAUCAAACCCGUCUUUGAACGAUUUUCCUCCGUCAUUGUCACGUCCGGAACCAUAUCACCUCUUGAGAUGUAUCCGAAAAUGUUGAAUUUCACAACUGUUACUCAAGAGUCAUAUCCCAUGUCACUGGCGAGACGAUCCUUUCUGCCAAUGAUCGUUACGCGAGGUUCAGAUCAACAAUCUAUCACGUCAGGCUUCCAAUCUCGAUCAGAUCCUGGUGUCGUCCGAAAUUAUGGCGCGCUCCUAUUUGAGUUCGCCAAAAUAACGCCGGACGGAAUCGUGGUGUUCUUCCCUUCUUAUCUCUACAUGGAGAUGAUCAUCAGUAUGUGGCAAGGAAUGGGUAUCCUCGAUCAGAUUUGGACCUACAAAUUACUACUCGUGGAAACCCCUGACGCUCAAGAAACUAGUCUGGCGCUCGAAACAUACCGUACAGCUUGCGAGAACGGCAAGGGAGCGAUCCUGCUCUGUGUCGCUCGUGGCAAGGUCUCUGAGGGUAUCGAUUUUGAUCAUCACUAUGGCCGAACAGUGUUGUGCCUCGGCGCGCCUUUCCAAUACACCGAAUCACGAAUUCUAAAGGCCAGACUAGAAUUUCUACGUGAGAACUAUCGAAUCAAAGAACAAGACUUUCUAUCCUUCGAUGCCAUGAGACAUGCUGCACAAUGCUUGGGUCGAGUGCUUCGAGGGAAGGAUGAUUACGGAAUCAUGGUCCUCGCCGAUCGGCGAUUCCAGAAGAAACGCAGUCAAUUGCCCCGUUGGAUUGCGGAGGAAAUUCUUGAUGGUCAGACCGGCCUAAGCACCGAUGCAGCUGUUGGCAUGGCUAAAAAGUUCCUGAGGAACAUAGCGCAGCCACUAUUGCCCGGCCAAAAGGCAGCGGAUGGCACCACCAAGGGCAAAGAUAGUUGGACGCUUCGUGAAUUAGAAGCUUUCCAAACGGAACAGGGACUGAAGAGAGGACAAGGCGAUGAAGGUCGAGAAGGAGCUCACUUUCACGACUAUAUGCAUAGCGAAGUGAACAAUCCGGCGAUUCAGAACGGUACCAACGGCCAUGUCACGGGUCCAGAUGAAUUCGACGAUGAUAUCGCUGACGAGGAAUUUCUCAUGGCUGAAAGGAUGGAACUUGGUUGAGAUUUUGAUCUGCUCAAGCCCAUGGAAAUCACAAUUCAUCACUGGACAACUCGAUGCAGUUGGUACUAUGGACGAGAAACAGCAGAUUCUUCUCGACACCACCAACUUCUACUCAAACGCGCUACCCAACGAGUCGAGGCGUCGGGCAUCCUGCUCACACCACCAAGCUUCAGGUCAAACUGAGGGAGAACCAUGGCUGGCCGAACAAGGCUUGGGACGCGCUACGCAGGCCAACCGUCCCAGAGAAUAUGAGACAGCCAGCUUCGAGGAUCAUGAAUGGGCUGUGACUCGCGCAGCAAGGACACACUCGGUAUCUUUCUCGGAUGAAGACGCUGGUUCUCGUCCGCCAUUUGGGUUGAUGAUGUGCUCGAGAGUAUCAGUGAUGUCUCCGACUUUGUAUGCAUGUCUUGCAAUCUCGAUCAGUCCCAUCACAUACACAAGCAGUGGAUUUAGAUCCAGUCUUGUCAUUCUACACACCUGCAAAUUCACAAGACGACUCCCCGGGGGACUUUGGAUGACGCAGCCUGAACCUCAUGUCAUUAGGUGGACAACGGAUCUCUGCAUUGCGUGGCCUGUCUCAUUUCCAUUAUCUCGAGACUCUUUACACAGUUGUACUGGAAAAGGCGACAAACCAACAUGACUUGGUGGUUGGAUUUGGGUAGCACGUCGCCUCGCCAUCUACGGAUCUUCUUGUGGGUGAUAAGAACAUCAUAGACUCUCAUCGUCAAGCGCCUCUUUCUACCGCUGAUUGUUUUUGGGUUUUCUACCUCAUUGUAGUCAUUUGUUCACUUCCUCGACGCGCUCUUGCAUGAUGACCUG